CCCCUCCCCUCCCUUGGCUUCUCAUCAGGGUCGAUUUUGGCAAUACGGAUACACAUGGAGCCUCCAUCUCCUCCGAUCUAUUUUACGAUCAUCACCUUCUGAGCAAUCGAUCUUCUUGUGGACUAAUAUGACAAACGUGCGCGUAUAGAGGAGUGACACGGCAAAAAGAGGAGGCGCAUUUCCCGUGGAUCAGUCUCUCUUUUCCGGACGCGAGCGUCAGCAUGGACCUCCUGGCGAACCACAGUAUAUUUCAGGAACUUCAGCUCGUGCAUGACACCGGCUAUUUCUCCGCCAUGCCCUCGCUGGAAGAGAACUGGCAGCAGACCUGCCUGGAGUUGGAGCGUUAUCUGCAGACGGAGCCAAAGCGUCUUUCGGAGCUCUUCGACCAUGAUUUGGAUGGGCUCUUGACCCCUGCCUACCUGAAGGAGGAUGGCGAGGAAGAGCUCGCUGACGUUCUUCUCCCUAGCACACAUGAGCCCCAGAGCCCACCAACAGUGAUACUUUGCCCCGCACGGAAGAACUUACCCUCCACAACUUCUAUAAAAACAGAAUCAAAGGUACCCGAACCCACAGAAGGGAUGGAAGGAGUUCACCAGGCACAGUUAAGUGCAGUCACCUCCCUGACGCCCCCGUCAUCGCCGGAACUUGGUCGGCACCUUGUGAAACCCAGCCCCUCGCUCACGGCAUCUGCUGAUGGGACAUUCACCCUCAAGCUGGUGGCCAGGAAGGUGGGGCUCAGCGCCGCCCGGCUGGUGCCGUCGCACCCGCUCCCUGCGCAGGUAAAGGAGGAAGAUGAGGGAGUAGCAUGUGUGCUCGGGGAUCUUCCAGAGAACAAGAAGAGGAUCCACCGCUGCCAGUUUAAUGGCUGCAGAAAGGUUUACACAAAGAGCUCUCACCUUAAGGCCCAUCAGAGGACACACACAGGUGAGAAGCCAUACAAGUGCUCAUGGGACGGCUGCGAGUGGCGGUUCGCCCGGAGCGACGAGCUGACGAGGCACUACCGCAAACACACCGGCGCCAAACCCUUCAAGUGCAACCACUGCGACAGGUGUUUCUCCCGGUCGGAUCAUUUGGCGCUGCACAUGAAGAGGCACGUCUGAAGAGCGCACGGCAUGUCAGAAGGGAGUGGAGGCGGUGAGGAAGCAGAGAGGACAACAUCACUUGGGGAGAAAUUUUCCGGAUCGGAGGCAGACGCGCCACGCUUUGGCGUGAACAUGGGCAGGCAACAUACGGGUCCCACAUGACUGAUUCCAUGAAGCGUCAUCUGCCUCCUCCGAUGGGACCUUGAGCUGGCAGCUCGUGGGUUCGGUCCACUUUUGCCUCGCAUUUAAGCAGUAUUGCCCCACACGCAGCAACUUUUGCACUCAUAUUCGGUCCUCUCUGAGCGAAAACACCAUCUUGCUAAGUUGCUGGAGCCUUUCUGUUAAGUCAAAGUUUGACCUCUCAUACUUUCAAACUGGAUCCAUUUACGAAUCCUUCUGCUUGGACGGCACUCGUUUGGAUGGCGAUUGCAGACUUGAAUAUUAGGAGUGUUUUUUUUUUCUUUUUGCCGGAGUUGAUUGAGGUGAUACAGACGACCGCAGGUUUUUUCGAAACCUCGUCCAUCCGGACUUUGCUACGGAUGUGGUCAACAGCGGUCCGUCUCCUGCUUGGGCCUGAUGUCCACGUCGUCGGAGCUCACAUUAUUGCACAGUUGACUCUUGGCAAGCCUCUUGUUGAAAAGAAAAGCCCUGGUUUGUCAGAAUGGGAGGAACUUGGGCCCCAUGCACAAAUCAAAGCAGAUUGCUGACUGUCAUCGCACAUCAGACAAGAUCGCUACGUAUGUAAAGGCUACAUUGUCUUGAAGCAAAGACCUCAACUUUGUUCGGAAUUCCACCAUUCUGAAGAACUUUUUGGGAAUGGAUGCGGCCAAAUAAAAAGUGUCGAUGCCUGAAGUGACCUCUCGGCCCUUUGAGAGUGAUUGGCACCCGACCCGCCACCGCGUUGCUCGGCCAUGCAGAACUGUUCCAAUUUAGCCAAGUUGCGUUCAGAAUGCAAUUUUCUCCAGUAGAUCAGGCCCUACGCAUCUCCUGGGACAUUUCGCAGAUUUAUCCUCUGUAGGACACGGAAUGAACUUGCAGAAGGACAAAUCCAAUCAACUGGCUGAGAGAUCAAUGUGAAUGUAUUUCUAAUGUGUCUGUGCACGAUGCAGCUGAAAAUGUGAAUGGCGAAGCGGUCACUCCUUGUUCGCAGCGCAUCUCUUUCCACAUCGUUGUUAAUCGAGGAAGUCACGCCGUGACGCGUCACACUUUGUUCCUGUUGACCGUCCGGAGGUUGGGAGCGCAGGUUUCCGUGGGGUCGAGUGGUUAGGGCGGGCCAGGUCCUGCCCAGUCAGCAAAGAUAACUGCCCUUUCAGGUCCGUGAAUGAGACAUGAACAUACAAUGACGUGUAGUUGCAGUUCUCUUCGGUGCUCUGACUCCUGAAUCCCAGACGCCAGCUCUGCCUUAUAUCCAGGCGGCACGGACAUAAUGGAGGCGAUGCCACACUUCUUGUUGACUCAGCUGGGAUCUUUAGCCCAAUACUUAAGAAAUUGAAUUUUUGGGGAGUCAAAUGAGGAACAUGGACACCUGUCUUAUUUCACUUUUAGGAUUAGUACGUAAAGCACCAGAUCAGCUCCUCGCAAGCAGUCCGAGUGUUCCGUCCGGAAUGGAUGCAGACAAAAUGAAUACAAGUGGUUUGCACCGUCAACGGCAGCUCGAUGUAUGACUUUCAAUACUCCAGCUCUGUUGUUGGCAUGAAUGACUGCGUGGAAAUGACAUUUUGGUUGUUUCAAAUGUUCUUAUGGACAACCCUGGACUGGAGCACAGAAAUAUCCCAAAUAUUCUUUGGAAGCGACUCAACUAUUUCUUCUCAAAUGUGCGCGCUGGAAAACUUGGAGUUCAAAUGUGAAUGUUUACUUUUUUAUACUUUUGUUUUAUUUUUGGGUGCUUCACUUAUGUGUCCUUUUUAUGAAUGAUUGUCAAUUAUGCUGUGCCUGUGUGUGUGUGUGUGUGUGUGUGUGUGUGUGUGUGUUUUUGUCUGUAUUUGCACUGUAAAACAAAAACAGUAAACAACAACAAAAAAUAGUAACAUAGCUGAUGUUUCCUGUCCGCUUGUGCACAUCACGCCACUAUCACUGCAUCUCUAUACGGUAAUUGUUUUAUACACCAACUUGUGCACAUGCAUUAGAGCAAGCACUUGGCACGUGCACACAGACACGCUCAUGCGAGAGUGUGACCAACCCCACACACACUUACACACACAAACACGCACACACUCACGCGCACGCGCUUGCUCGGUCUGAGGUGCAGGCUGCAGCUCUCAGCAUCGCUGAUAUCCUUCUGAAUUUGAAAUCAGACCCCUUUUUUUCUACCAGCGUCCCCUUGUUGCCUUCCCCUCCCCUCCACAAGAUAACAACGCUUUCAACUCCUGUCUGUCCCCUACACCCCCUGCCCCCCAUCAUCUCCCAUCUUCCUCCAUUUUCCUGUGUUGUUGUCUUUCUCCCUUUCUUUCGACUGUAUAAAGAGUUUUAAAAUUUAUCAUUUGUAUAUUAUAAUGUAUGGGUAUGAUAAUGUUCUUUAUUGACGAAAAACGAGAAAGAUUUAUUUUUGUUACCGGUUUGUUUCAUAAUUCAUUUUUUUAAAUUGGUAUUGUAAUAUCUCUAUGCAAGGACUGUUUGUUUGUUUGUUCGUUGGUUUGAUAUAUUCUUUUUUAAUUUAAGAGUGUAAUUAAGUGUAAUAAAUGGUAGAUGCAGUUUGGCAUGGAGUA